AUGGACAAUCAAGAUUAUUCUAAUGCAAUACCAUUUAUAAUGUUCGACUAAACACAUGGAUUUAUCUUAAACAAAGAGGCUGAAACAUACCUUUCGUAAUUAAAUCCUGACAGAAAACUAGGAAUAAUAUCAAUAGUGGGUAAAUAUCGUACAGGAAAAAGUUUUUUUAUAAACCGUGUUUUAUUAGAAAGAAAUAGUAAUUAAAAAGGUUUUUAAGUAGGCCCGACUAUAAAUCCUUGCACAAAAGGUUUAUGGAUAUGGAAAAAAGAACUAAAAAGCUUGGAAGACGAUAAUAUGGAUAUAUUAUUAAUAGAUACUGAAGGUUUUGGAGGAAUGGAUGAGAAUUUAAACCAUGAUUCUAGGAUAUUUUUAUUUAGUUUAUUAUUAUCGUCAUAUUUUAUUUAUAAUUCUUAAGGCAGUAUAGAUGAGAAUGCAUUAAACAAUUUAUCUUUAAUAAUUAAUUUAGCAAAAGAUAUUUAAAUUAAAUCUAAAAAUAAUACAAAUGAAGACGCAGCAGAUUAUUUUCCUGCUUUUUUAUGGGUUGUAAGAGAUUUUGCACUAUAAAUUGUUGAUUAAUAAGGGAACAAAUUAUCUCAAAAAGAUUAUUUAGAAAAAGCAUUAGAAUUGUAAAAAGGAGUAUCUGAUGCUGUAGAUUAAAAAAAUAGAAUUAGAAGAUAAAUGAAACAUUAUUUUAAGGACAGAGACUGUUAAACAUUAGUUAGACCAGUAGAAUCUGAAAAGGAUUUAUAAAACCUAAAUUAAAUUACAAAUGAAGAAUUAAGACCUGAAUUUUUAGAUUAAAUUAAUUUUUUGCGAAAAAAAAUUUUCAAAAAAAUAAAACCAAAAAUUCUAAAUGGACAAUCUUUAAACGGACAAAUGCUAGUUUAAAUUUGUAAAUCCUAUAUAGAUGCUAUAAAUAACGGAGGCUUACCUAAUAUAGAAAAUGCAUGGAAUUAUGUAAAAAAAAUGAAGGAUAAAAAGCUUUCGAAAAAUCUAUUAAUACAUUAGAACAUAUGAUUAUUACUGCAUAAUAAGAAGCUUAUGAUUCCAAUUAAAUAGAAGCUUUAAAAGAAAAUGUGAAAUUAUUAUUUUUAUUAAAUCGGAAAUGAAAAAAGUACUUAAAAAAAAUGCUUUGGGGACUGAGGAAGAUUUAUAAGAAUAUUAUUAAGGAAUUGAAGAUUAAUUAUAAUUGAAAUUUCGGGAAUUUAAAAAAUAAAAUAAAAUUUAAUUAAAGAAAAAAUACUUUGAUAUGUGCAAAAAUUAAUUCUCUUAACUUGAAAGUAAACUUCUUAAUGAAGAAUAUAAUAAUUUAUAUGAAUUUUAAUCCGAUUUAAAUAAUUUCAAAUAAGAAUUUACAAAUAAAAUUCCAAAAAAAGACUCUGAUUAAGCCGAAAAAUACUUCGUUGAACUUUCAGAAAAACUCUAUAAAAUUGCUGCUGAAAAAGUGAAUAAAAGACAAGAAAAAGAAUAAUAAAAAUAAUCUAAAUAACUCGAAUAAAUGCUUUUAUUGGCCGAAAACGAGCUAAAAUCAAAAAAAGACUAAUUUUAUUAAGAAAAAUAAUAAGAAUAGGAAAAAAACUAAUAAU